AUGAUGCAACGGAAAAACGACAGUCCUUUGGAUAAAACUCAGGUUAUCGCAGAUGCCUCUCCUGUAGGGUUAGGUGCAGUGUUGGUUCAGGUAGAUAAAAAUGGUCCCCGUGUGAUCGCUUUUGGUCACAAAGCACUUACUGAUUGUGAAAAGAGAUAUUGCCAAACAGAAAAGGAAGCCCUUGCUCUAGUUUGGGCGGUGGAACACUUUAAAAUAUAUCUGUUUGGCAAAGAAUUUGAAAUAAUAAGCGAUCACAAGCCAUUAGAAACCAUUUUUGGAAAAACCUCUAAACCUUGUGCUAGAAUAGAACGGUGGGUACUUAGGUUGCAAGCUUACAGGUAUAAGGUCGUGUACCGCCCAGGUAAAUCCAACAUAGCAGACACAAUCUCCAGACUCAGUAAAUCUUCUUAUACGGAACCAUUUGACUCUGAAAACUAUAUUAACCAAAUUGUAAGUUACAGUAGACCUGUUGCGGUUCCAUUGGACGAAAUAGAAGGAAGUUCUGCUAGAGAUGAGGAAAUCUUAAAAGUGAACGACGGUAUCAUUAAUAAUAACUGGCAUGAUUCGCGGGUACUGGAGGCGGCCCAUGAAGGACAUCCAGGCAUAGUAGCGAUGAAGGCUCGUCUUCGAACAAAGGUGUGGUGGCCUAGAAUCGACAAGGAUGCUGAACGUCUAGUAAAAACUUGUCGAGGGUGUAAAUCUCCAUCCGAAUUAUUUUUCAAAAGACAGUUCAGAGACAAGAUUCCGGCAGCACCAGACAUGGAGUACAGAAUAACAGACGAAGAGGUGAGAGACCGUGAUUUGCUAAUGAAAGAAAAAGGAAAGGAAUAUGGAGAUCUAAAACGGAAAGCGACAGAUUCUAAUUUGGAAACAGGAGAAAAAGUUUUGAAAUUAUGGAAUAUUGAUAACAUUAAUUUAGUUAACCUCUAUGUUAGAGAAGUUUAA